GAGGAUAUUAAAGUAUAUUUCCAGUUGCGUUGUCCAUUUAUUUAUUUAUUUAUUUACUUACUGGACUGCAAUGCAGUACAAACCUGUCUAAUCCCUGAGCGAGCAAUGUUGCUGUGGGUGAAUGCAGCUGAACACCUCCUAUGACUUCUUGAAAAUAUUAAUUUCGUAGUGCUGAGACAUGCUACACAACAGCAUUUCAGCGUCCUGUCCAGUCAGGGGUACGCAACAGUUGACUGCGUUUGAAGACACCAGGAGAUAGACCUGCAUUGACAUCAUUUCCUCAGGUCACUUGCUGCUUCAAUAUGGCCGUCGCUCUUCCGGUAUUUUAAAAAGAACUAAUCGCUGGCCGAGGUGCUGAAAUCUGAGUCUAUUACAGGCUAAUGGCAGACAUGGAAAACAUGUGUGAUCCAAUCAGAAGGGCAGUUUGCAAUGGAGUAGCUGAGAAUAACAACGUUGUUUUGGUUGCUGAGGAUCACGGUCGUCAGAUUCUGAAUAUCCUUCAAAAUUUCAGAGAAGAGAAUCUCUUUUUUGAUUUCAGAAUACUUGUAAAGGAUGAAACCAUCCUGUGCCACCGAUGUGUCUUGGCGGCCUGCAGUGAUUUCUUCAGGGCCAUGUUUGAAGUGAACAUGAGAGAACGAGAUGCCGGGAGUGUGACGAUGAACAACUUGUCCCCGAAAGCCAUAAGGGCCUUUCUGGAUUUUGCGUACACAGGAAAAACAGAGAUCACAGAAGAAAAUGUUGAGAUGUUCUUUCAGCUUUCCUCCUUUCUGCAGGUUGCCGUCCUUUCUAAAGCAUGCAGUGGUUUUCUUAUCAAAACUAUUAACCUCACAAACUGCCUGCAGCUGCUCUCCCUAUCAGAGGGCUAUGGUUCUACCAGUUUGUAUGAUCACGCCCUGGAUUUUGUGGUGCAGCACUUUCACUCGCUAACAAAAUCAUCUGAUUUCCUGGAGAUGAAUGUUGAGAUCCUUAAAAAAUGUCUCAAAGUAGACAAACUCAACGUUCCGGAUGAAGAAACUGUCCUUAAAGUCCUUCUCCAGUGGACGAAGCACGAUCUGGAGAACCGGCAAAAACUCCUUCCCCACCUGAUCAAGCUCAUAAGAUUGCAUCAAAUGCCCAAAGAGACUUUAGAGGACUUCUCACGAUCAGAGAGUCUGCUGGCCAGCAAUAGGGAGUGCACUGAGACUAUUAGAGAGGUAACUCAAAGCCUUCAGGAGCUCAGCGGAAUUUUUAAUGAUGCCCGACCCUCUACAACUGACAAGUAUAUUUUUGUCCACAAGACCGAAGAGAAUGGAAAAAUUCAGCACGCCUUCUGCUACAAUAUUGAAACCGACCACUGGAAAGAGCUACCUAAGACUCAUAUCGUUGAUCUCUCUGGUUCCAGUUUUGCCAGCUUUGGUGAAAAGCUCUUUGUGACCGGUGGUUGCAAAGGGAAUUGCUGCAGGGCUGUGCGGGUGCAUAUUGCUGAAUCUUUCCACGAUGCCACAGACGAGACCUGGUGCUACUGCCCAGUCCAGAAUGACUUAUUUUUGGUCCCCCCGAUGAAGAAACCUCGAACAAUGCACACGUCUGUCACAGCUUUAAAUAACGUCUACGUCAUUGGCGGAAAGACUCGAGGACCACGGAACACCAAAAGCCUGUUAGACAUAGAGGUUUACAACCCUCUCAGUAGAGAAUGGAAGUCAGUGGAUCCUCUGCCGAGAGGUAUUUACUAUCCAGAAGCUUGUGCCUGCGAAAGUGUCAUCUAUGUUCUGGGUUCUGAACUGGAAACGUCUGAUAUCUUCAAUCCAUCGCUGGACUGUUUCUUCAGGUACAAUGCCAGUACGGAUCAGUGGUCUGAGCUGGUUGCCGAAUUUGGGCAGUUCUUUCAUGCCACCUUAGUCAAAGCCGUGCCAGUAAACAACACCUUGUACAUAUGUGAUUUGUCCACUUACAAGGUGUACAGCUUCUGCCCGGAAACGUGUGUGUGGAAGGGGGAAGGGUCUUUUGAAUGUGCCGGCUUCAAUGCAGGAGCCAUUGGAAUUGCAGACAAAAUCUACAUACUAGGAGGGGACUACGCACCAGAUGAAAUAACAGACGAAGUACAAGUGUAUCACAGCAACCGGUCGGAAUGGGAGGAAGUCUCCCCAAUGCCAAGAGCUUUAACAGAGUUUCAUUGUAACGUGAUACAGUUUAACAGGUAUAGAGACCCAUGGAAAUCAAAUCCAUAA